GGGAUAUUUUCCUAGCCAAUCCUCCAUAAGUGUGAAACACAUGUAUCCUUGUUUUCAGUGGGCAGACAAGAACAACAUCCGGGCAUUCAAUGUAUUCAUUUGGAACAGCACCCGGGCUGCGAAUGAUGACGUUGACGAGACCACAAGGACAUAAGACCGGACAAGAACGCAAAUUGUGGAACGACCAUAAAUUUGCUGACGUAUAAGCGGAAGUGUGCUUUUCUCAUUUUCCGGGUUAAAGCUCCCUGUAGCUGUGUGAAGUUGUUUUGGAGUAGCAAUGACUGGUUCACCGGCAUCGUCUCUCCGGAUAUCGGAGAUUAAGGACCCGGUGGCUCUGUUCGAGCGCUACAGCACCGAUGAUAUCCGCGGCAUAGAGCGGAAAGUCCGCGGGGAGAUCGAGCAGAAAAAGGAGGAACUGAGGCAGAUGGUUGGGGAGCGUUACCGGGACCUGAUUGACGCCGCAGACACCAUCGGAGAGAUGAGGCAGAACUCGGCGAGUGUUGUCCAAUCCAUCCAGGACAUGUAUCAAUACUGCAACCGACUAAAACAAAGCAAAGUCUGCAUCACCAGCCACACUCAGGAGAGUCAGUGGCAGGACGAGUUCUACACCAUGACCUCUCAGAUCAAACUCCUUUUGGAGAUUCCCGAGCGCAUUUGGAGUGCCAUGGAGGCCUCCCAGUACCUUCAGGCAACUCGUCUCUACCUGCUCUGUUGCCAGCUGCACAAUCUCCUUCAGUUGGAAGCUACUACAGGGGGUCAUUACAGUCCUGCCCUGGCCCGCUUCCCGAUCCUUGUCCGUCAAGUUGCCACAACUGGUCACUUCAGGUCCACCAUUCUUUUAGACAGCAAGUCUCUGCUGAGGGGUCGGGCAGUGUCUGACCAGGCCAUCGCAGAGGCGCUCUUGUCCACGAUGCUGUUGGAGGACAGCUCCCCACGCCAGGCACUUGCUGAUUUCUUGUUAGCACGGAAGGCCUCCAUCCAACAGUUGCUUAAUCAGCCCCAACAUGGUGUGGGGAUUAAAGCUCAAGUGUGCAGCCUAGUGGAACUGCUGGUGACCACGUUAUUUCAAGCGUAUGCUGUUUUCUACAUGCACCCUGAGGGGGCCCCCAGACCUGGAGAAACAACCCUGAGCUGUGGCCUGCUCUUUUCCAUCCUGGAAAAUGUUACCUCCUCUGCAUCUGCAGCGAAAGCUAAGAAUGUGUUUCAGGAAGACACAAGUACAGGAAGCUGGUUCAAGUAUCUUCCCACCUCUGUCACCGAGUUCCAGCCGACACUUCGAGCCCUGGCACAGCCAAUCCAAAGAGAGCACCUGCGGGACACCUUACAGCAGUGGAUUGAAACAUGUAAGGAGGACAUCUGCCAUGGUGUUGGUAGCCUUCUGAUCUUUGUGAAGAACUUGAAGGGAUUGGCUGCCAUUCGAGAUGCUAUCUGGGACCUCCUCUCUGCCGACUCCAUCAAUCAGCACUGGGAGACAGUGUGCCAGCGGCUGCUGGAGCGCCACCUGCCCAUAUGGGAUGACUUCCUUCAACAGCUCUUCCUUCAGCGCUUACAGGCGAUCACCAAAGAAGAAACUGAAGGCAUCUCACUGAGCUCCGUGCAGCUCCUCACCUCUGCUGUCAAGGAUCUGGAAGGACAAACCGCCAAUAGCCGGGAGGCCCAGUAUGAAAUCGACGUGUCGUCCUAUUUGUGGUCAGAGUCUCCAGGGGACCUGCCGAAUGAUGCGGGUUGGGUUGGUGUGGCGCAGAGGGGGGAGAAACAGCUAAAAAGUGGUCUGGCCAUGAAGACGCAGGCCCUGACGCCCUGCGUUCAAAAUUUUUGUUGUUCUCUGGACGCCAAGCUGAAAGCACGGCUUGAUGACCUCCAGCACUACCUUCCGUCCAAGUAUGCAGGCGCUGACUCCAUAUCAGUUACACGACCGACAUCAGGCCCUCCCGAGGGCUCGUCAGCAUCCUCCUUCAACCGCUUCACAGACACGCCAGCAGUGGAGGAGGCUUUACGAGUUGGCUGCCUGGCCUGCAUUCACCACAUUCUCUCCGCCGUCCGUUCCGAAUUAGUGACCGUUUCGCCAGAUCCCAACCCAGCCAGCCUGAAUUCAGUCCUUUUCAUGGCAAGGCUGUGUCAAUCCAUUGGGGAACUGUGUCCCAAUCUGAGACACUGCAUUUUAGGACAACAGAGCGGGUGCGAGGCCGCAGCUAUCGGACAACAGAGCGGGUGCGAGGCCGCAGCUAAAGUGACACAGAGGCAGAGUAAGAAAUUGCGCAAAGCCAAGGUGGCCCCGCAGUUCAGUGCUGCUCAGGCCAAGUGGGCGGAACUAAAGGAGGAGCUUCUCAACUGCAGCCUGGAGACCUACCGUAUCUGGAUCUCUACUCUCUCAAAAAGGUUGCUCGAGCAGUUUCGAACAGCUCUUCACGCAGAUUCCGCCGGUGCCAUCUUGACAAAUGCUACAAACUGGGAAGAUCUCGAAAUCCAAGAGGAGGCUGAAUCAGGAAGCAGUGUUACAUCUAAAAUUCGUCUUCCUGUCCAGGCAUCUUUGUUCGUCCAAUCGCUACUCUUCGACCUGUGUGUGGAGGUGAACCGUGUGGGUGGUCAUGCACUGCCACAACCCACCCUGCAGGAGCUUCUGCAAGCCUGCUUGGAUCAAGCUUUGCAGCACUAUCAAAGCUUCACACAGCGAGAGGGUGCAUUUCCAAUGACUCAAAACAGAGCAUUGCAGCUGAUGUUUGACCUUCGUUAUCUUAACACCACUUUGUCUGCAAAUGUGGAAGAAGGCAAGACUACCAAAUCCUGUCAUGAUCACAGGAUGCAGGAGGUCUGUGAUUGGCUGGAGAGCCACAUUGACCCUUUUGACCUGGAUGUGUUCACACCGCCGCUGAAUGCAAACCUCAGUCGUCUGUCCCAAAAAACAUCGGUGCUGUUUGGGCUGGUGACUGGCUCAGAGAAGCAGUAUGCCCCACGGAGCAGCAGCGUCAACACUCAGGAGCCUUACAACAUCCUUCCGCUGGCCAACACUCAAAUCAGGUUCGAGUUGCUGCCUCUCAGCAUGUCUGACACGCAUAAAUCAAAGUCGACCAGCAAAUGCUCCAGUGAACCGCACCAGUUGCCUAUUGCAUCCUCGUCAGCCGACAUUCAAGAAAGCUUCCGGCCAGGCAGCCUUUUCCGACAGAUGGCAGAAGAAGACGACACCACCUCUCAAUCUUUAUUUAAACUCAGUUGGCUAUCAGGCAUGACAAAAUAACGUCGCACUACACAAAACUUGUAUUCUAAGAAUCUGCAUCAUCUUUACUGGCCAAUUGGGGGUGCGUUCGGAAAUUCACUCUGACAGCCUGACACCACUUAGGGGGUGUUUGUGGUGCAGAGGAAGAGCGCUCUUCCCUCCUAAUAAUUUCUGAAAGCAGCCUGUUAUAAACCAAUCCAUUUUCCAACUGGACCCCAGUUAUCGUGUGCUGCAUGACUCAUUUUUUGAGGCACUCUAAAUAACCCAAUGGCACAUUUGAACAGGACUCUGAAUGUCAGAGCGGUCAGAGUGAAGCAGUGCGCUCAGAGAAACCUUUUGUCACCUUUUGUCAGAAAAAAGCAAUGAAUUUAUCUCUGAUAGUUUGAGCCACAUUUCAUGUUGCACCCAUAAAACAUGAAUCUCAAAUGUGUAUUAUUAAGGCUAAUUAACUAACUCUCAAUGCUACACCUACAAUCAGGGUUCUCCAAGUCCGGUCCUGUUGAGCCCGUCUAGCCUCACGAGGACUGGACUUGGAGAUCUUUGCCUAAAACUAAUAAUCUUGCAAAUCUAAGAAUUCACCGUCAUAGCUAGUGCUUUUUUAUACAACUAAAAAUGUAUAUUUUUAAUGGAAUAUGAUUGAGUAUAUUAUGAAUAUAAAUUUGACUGCUGGAAAAUUCUGGCCAUCACAACACCUGAUUCAACCUCAAACAUAUGUUACCUUCAACACAAAUAUUGAGCAGAAGGCCAUUUCCUACCACAUUUUUAAAUUUAAAAUGUUUUUUUAUUUCUUAUGGAGUAUUUUCAUUUCUAGACGUGGUGAAUGUGUUAACUUUAAGCGAUAAUAAUCAAGAUUCUAUUAAAAGAAAACUCAAUAAAAUGGAAUUUACUUUGCGUGGAGUGUAUUUUCAUAAUAUGUGUUUCACAAUUUCCACUGAACUGAAAUAGGUUUCCACAAGAUUCAAAAUUAUUAAUUGUGUACAGUGGAAGGUUGAAAAGCCACGUUUUUGUACGUUGCACUCAAUGAUGUAGCGCCGAAUUAUAUUAACUGGCAUUGGUGUUCCUGAGCCGAUGCGGCAUCUUUGACACAUUGAUGUCGGUUUUUGAUGCAGUGCUGUCUGAGGGAUCGAAAGUCAUGGGCGGGCAUUCAAUGUUGCUUUUCAGACUUGCUUCUUCCAUGCAGUGAUUUUUUUUUCAAAUUUUCGGAACCUCUUGAUAUUAUGAAAUGCCUAAAUUCCUUGCAACUGUUGAACUGUUUUCUCACACAGUUAUUCACAAAGAGGUGAACCUCACCCGAUCUUUGCUUGUGAAUGAUUGGGGCAAUUCAGGCCAGCUCCUUUUAUACCCAAUCAUAGCACCCAACUGUUCCCAGUUAGCCUGUUCACCUGUGGGAUGUUCUAAACGGGUGUUUGAUGAGAAUUUCUCAAUUUAUUUUGCCACAUAUCGCAAUUUUUUUGGAACGUGUUGCAGCCAUAAAAUUCCAAGUUAAUGAAUAUUUGUUCAAAUCAAUAAAGUCUUUAUCAGUUGUAACAUUAAAUGUCUUGUAUUCAAGUCAAUAUCGUUUGAACAUAAUUUGCAGAUCAUUGUAUUCUGUUUUUAUGUUUAACACAACAUCUUGGAAUUUGGUUUGAACUUAAUAUUGCUUUCAUAAAGUAUAGUGCUCUGCUGAGCUAAGCGUGAAUUCACUGAUGGGUGGAGCUGUAAAAACAGCCAAAUAUACAACUGAGCAGAGUAUUUGUCCAGAGCAAAAUGUAGGUAUUAUGGUCGUAUACUAAACAAAAUUGGCACCAAACGUAAUUAUAAUGUCAUAUUUAAUGUCUGUGUUUCUAAUACAUUUACACAAAAACAGGUUGGUUGUCUUUUUCAUCUUCAUUACAGAUAGAGAGCUCAAUUAUAAGUUUUGUAA